CAGCAACAUUCCCAAAAUCCGCACUCAUCCUAUGAAGUAAUACUAUGUUGUUGGGCGAAGUGGCUUGGCUUGUCAGCUAAGGCAGACAAAGACAACUAGGCAUCGCCCCACAAGGCUGAACAGGACACCAAACCAUCUAUAAAUACAACCUCAUAUAUCCAGCACCCCAGACUAGCAUUCCACAGCACCACAUAUUCGCAACUAUGAAUCCUAAUGAAAACUCCACCUUCCUACCCCCACAAGCCCCAACCGGGGCCAAAUGGCAGAAAAUCGACUUCGCAACCUCCUCCCCCAGACUACCCGAAUACAGCAACCUCUUCGCCGCAGUAAUAGACGACCUCCUCACAGAAGAAGAAUGUAACGAACUAAUCCGCCUCGCGGAAGCAUCAACCUUUACCCCAGACUCCACGACACCCGUCUGGGAACGCGCGAUGAUUAACAUCGGGAACGGGAAACAAGCCCUCGCGACAGAUACCCGCAACUGCGGGCGGAUUAUCUACGACGCGCCAGAGCUGGCGGAAAAGCUAUUAAAUCGGCUGAGGCCAUUUCUACAGGAAAUGCGGAUUGUUCGGGUGGAGGACAAGCCUCUUGUUACUGGGCUUGCGGGUCGAUAUAAGACCUAUGGGAUGACGAGGUUGAAUGAGCGGCUGCGGUUUCUCAAGUAUGAAGGAGGGGAGCAUUUCAAGCCGCAUUGGGAUGGCCAGUAUACUACGCCUGAUAGGAAGGAGGGGUCGUUUUAUACUGUACAAUUUUACUUGAAUGGGGAUGGGGAGCAGGAUCUUAAGGAGCUGGAGCGCGAGGAGAAGAAGGUGGAAAUGGGGCAGGGAGAUGUGAAUCUGGAUGUUGGGGGGAAGUUACUUGGUGGUGCUACUUCUUUUAUUCCAAGGUAUGAGGAGAAGGAGAGGCAGUUGAGGGUCUUCCCUAAAACUGGUUCUGUGCUUGUGUUUCAACAGAAUAAUCUGCUUCAUUCUGGUGAUUCGGUUUUCCGAGGGACGAAAUAUACUUUGCGGACGGAUAUUAUGUACGAGUUGCUGUGAAUUUUAGCAUUCUAGCUGUGUAUUGGGAAGUCAUAAAGGAAAUAAUUCUGAAUGCUCCGUGACUUUCGUUCUUAUGACACGAAGCGAAUGACUUCUAAAUUAUUUUGAUCUUGUGUUAUGUUGAAACUGGUUGAUUCUACCACGAAGCAACCGCUAUCUAUGCAGUACUGCCUUAUGAAGUUAUGCAUUCUAUCCACCGUUCAGCGUUGGCUUAUGGCCUUGAUAUUCCCUCCUUUGACCCUCGUUCGCAGUUUUUGAACCACUACCUACUGAUCGUCUCCUAUACCCGGUUCGUGAGAAGGAAGACGGCCAUGUGUUCCAAGAUGAUGGUGAUUAUGGGGCAGAUUAUCCGUACAGGUCAGCAUAGACAUUGUGGAGUGUUCUGGGGUCAUACUUGACAUAAUAUCGGAGUUCACAAACACAGAAAGUUUCAUCAUCGCUGAACAGCAUUGGCUUGACGUUUGGUUUUUCGUCUUUUCCAUAGCUGUAGCAAGCAGGCUGGAAAAUGACGCCUCUAGAGUAAAA